GAUACGCGGAUCCCAAGCGGUCGCCAGGCGGAUCUGCUGACGGAGGAGGACUGGGACCGGGAGGGCUUUUGCACCGUCCGCCUCCAAUCUGCAUGGCGUGGCGUUUCCCCCGGUUGCAGCGAGUCCCGCUUUUCUUCUUCUAAGCCCGGCGCGGCGCAUUGAGCCGAAGGGUGAUUUAGAAGCGGUUUCUUUUUUUAUUAUUAUUUAUUUGUCAAACACGUAUAAGAGUCUUGGUGGCGCAGCUGACUAAAGCACUGUUAAAGUAACACCAGCUGCCUGCAAUUACUGCAAGUUCAAAUCUCACCAGGCUCAAGGUUGACUCAGCCUUCCAUCCUUUCGAAGGAGAAAGAAACCUUUUGCAGCAUGUCAAAAAAUGACAAGCAGCCAUCGCUAGCCUUCGGGCAGGUAGUGAUUGGGCCUCCCGGUUCCGGGAAAACCACCUAUUGUCAUGGCAUGCAGGAAUUCCUCUCUGCAAUUGGGCGCAAGGUAGCUGUGGUGAAUCUGGACCCAGCCAAUGAAGGGAUUCCAUUCCAGUGUGCUGUGGAUAUCUCUGAACUGAUCACCUUGGCUGAUGUGAUGGAGAAUUUGAAACUUGGCCCCAACGGUGGCUUAAUUUACUGCAUGGAGUACCUAGAGGCAAAUUUUGACUGGCUACAGGAGAAACUGGACCAACUGAAAGGACAUUAUUUCUUAUUUGAUUGCCCCGGACAAGUGGAGCUCUGCACCCAUCAUAGUUCUUUGAGAAACAUCUUCGCUCAACUUGCUAAGUGGAAUUUCAGGUUGGCUGCUGUUCAUCUGGUAGAUUCUCAUUACUGCACAGAUCCUGGCAAAUUCAUCUCUGUUCUCUGCACUUCCCUCGCCACAAUGCUGCAUGUGGAGUUGCCCCACGUCAACAUCCUCUCCAAAAUGGACCUCAUUGAGCAGUAUGGGAAGUUAGCAUUUAAUCUAGAUUAUUACACAGAAGUUCUUGAUCUGUCCUACUUGGUGGAUCAUUUGGCCUUAGAUCCAUUCUUCAAGAACUACCAGCGCCUGAACAAGAAGCUGGUGGGGGUGAUUGAAGACUACAGUUUGGUCUCUUUUGUUCCUCUCAAUGUCCAGGACAAGGAAAGUAUGCGGUGCGUGAUGCAGGCAGUGGACAAAGCGAAUGGUUACUGUUUUGGGGACUCUGAACACAGAAACCUCAACGUCUUGAUGUCUGCAGCGAUGGGAGCUGAUUUUCAAUUUACAUCGACCCUGGCAGUCCAGGAGAAGUAUGUGCAGCCACAGGAGAAAACGGUGGAGGAGGAAACUUCAGACAUUGAACAUGCCAGUUACAGCAGUCAGUGAAGAAGAAUAGAUCGGCCUGCCCAAAAUGGUCUCUCAGGAAGAGCAGCAGAGGGGGAGGGGGUUGCUUCUGCUCCCUCUGAGGUAUUCCUGGGCUUGGUGCAGGAAUGAACAGGCCACCAUCACUGCGUUCCUUCUAAUCGUGAUGUAAUGAGGAGCCAGAUGUUUCUGUUAAGAAACUUGUACAGCUGAUGACCAAAGAGCAGUUGACAAGGUGAUACGAUCUGGCACCUGUUAGUUGCCAGAGAUGACUAUUCAGUGCUAGCAAAGUUGUGGCCUAAUGUGUCUCCUUCAGAGCGUUAUCCUGCUUUAUUUCGCUGAGAAGCUUUUGAUAAUUCUCUCUGCUACCAUUCCACAAUUUGGGUGCCUUCCGAAUGUUUUUGGGGGGAGGGCCUCUUGCCAAUGAUAUGCCUUGGCCAUCAUCUCAAAGGGCCUUGUCGGGAAAGGCUGCUCUGUCUUGUCACAGAUCACGUUCUUUGUGAUCUGUUUGGUGGUGUGAUCUGCUUCUGGCCACUUUGAAUUGUGAUACUGAGGAAAAGCAUGGAAUCUGAAUAAUAAUAAUAAUAACAACAACAACAGCUUUAUUGUCAUUGUACAUGUAUACACAGUAUACCCAUACAACGAAAUUCACUUAACACCCAAAGACCAGGUCCAACACACAUAACAAUCCCCAAACACACCCCCACUCACCACAAAUUCCCCACCCCUAAACCACCCAAACAUCCACACAACAGACCAAGUAAUACUGUCCAACCGCUCACUGACAGUGGCCCCUUAGUUCAUUGUUGAGUGCAGUUAUAGCUCUGGGAUAAAAACUAUUCAGAAAAAGUGUGGUCCAAAUUUUAAUUGUUCUGUAUCUUCUGCCAGAAGGCAACAGUCCAGAAAGAUUGUAAGCAGGAUGGGAAGAGUCUUUGUUGAGAAGAAUAUUGUUGAGAAGGGUAUCUUUUGAGGCUUUUUUUUGGUGCUGCCAAAGAUUUUGGAUUUUGGAGAGAGGAAUGCUAAAUAAAUAAGUUUUUGAACUUUCUUUUUCCAACUUUGGUGCAUUUGUAGGAUACUUUAUACAGACAGACAAGCUUGGAUCAGUGUGGCAUUCCCUCUCUGCAGUAUAUGGAGCAGAAGAGAAAAACAGUAUUUGCAGAUGUUUUAAGACUUCAGUGUAAAACACCCAGACUGAAUCAGGCCAAAAACAUCGAAUACCCAUGGUUAUUGCCAUGUUUUCCACGUUGGUGGAAACUUGGAAGUCAACAGCUACUGGCAAAGUCAAGGCAUUAACUUUUCAAGAUAGUGCCACACCAAUAGUGAGUUGAAGUCAACACAUCAAAGUGUCCAAGUUCAAAAAACAUUCAUUUAAAAAGUCCACAUUGGUAUGUAACCUCUUCCUACACGUGUAGUAGAAUGUGAAGUGUUCACUCUGCUGGAUUGGUAUAAUUUGUUUAAAACCUAAAUUGCUGCCAUUGUUAGACCCACUGAUUUUAUGCACAGAUGUGAAGAAGCAUUUCUUUAAUCCAUCUCAGAUUUUUCACUGCUGCUGAACAUCCCUAGAUUCUCAUUUUGCAAGAAAAAGAAAAUACCGUAAUUUGAAUUACUUUCUUCCCAUGAAGCAUAGUUUGUGUAGCACCAUGUCCCUCCUUGCCAUUUAUUUCUAAAUAAAAUAGCUCUAAAACA